CCCCGGCCGACGGGGAGGAAUCCGCCCGCUGCGCCCCUCCGGAGCGAGUUUUGCGCUCGCUCGCUUGCUCGCUGGCAUCCACGUGGCUUUCUCGGGGAGGGAGCACUAUAUUAGGGCGGGCGGGCAGGCGCUCCGGCGCGUUCGCGAGGAGGAGAGGCUGUGCCGGCGCCGCCGGGAGCGACGAGGAGGUCCCCUCGGCUCGCUUGGACCCGCGAGCGGCGGCGGCCACUUCGGAAGGACAAAGGGACAGGCGGCGGCCGCGGCCGCAGCGGGACGGCGCGGAGGGCUGCCCGGAGGCGGCAGCCUCUCGGACGCGACCCAUGAAGAUCCCAAGCACGUGCCUACCUCUCUGCUGCUGAAGGAGAGCAGUUUCACUGGGAUGGAACAGGAAAAAAUGAGGGGAAGAAGCGGAGAUCUCCAGUGAGAGGAGAAAAUCCAUCAAUGGCCUACCUGGGGUUCAGAAAACCAGCCAAGUGAAAAAAGCUGGCAAGGUAGAAAAGGAAUUCCAUCAGCUUACAAGAUGGAGGUUUUGACUACCUAUUCCUGAUGACCUGGCUCUGUAUAAGUUCUAACCAGCAAUUUUACUGAAAUAUAUACUGUAUAUAUAUAUUUUUUGGGAAAUAGUGUUUUUCUUACCAAAGCCUGAGCUUGCUGAUAAUUCCUUCUCAAAAGGAAAAUUACAAUGGUUGUGUUUUGAUUCCACUUUUGGAAGGAGAAAUUAGUAGCUGUUCAAGGAGAGGGGAAGGAGUUAAAAUGCAAAGACGCAUUUUUGUCCUACCUGCUUGCAGAUGAAAAGGAGAGAAGGUUUUGCUUCAUUUUUGUAGCUCAAGAACACCAUCUCCAGGGCUGUUCCUUAGAGGAAGCAGCUACUAGUGGCCUAAACAAAGAUUUUGGGUUCCUUUUUUAUUCCCACCCCCUACUUGUCUAGUCUUCUCGGGCACUUGCAUAAAGGAACCCAUCGGUCGGAAUGGUGGCCCUUCGGAACAGGAGCCUGAAAAUGUUUUCUCUUGCCUUACUUUUCAUCAUCACCAUCACGUCGUUCCUGCUCAACUACACAAACAGCACGGUGUCUGCUGCCUGGGAUCCCAAGCAAAUCAUGUACCAAGUUUCGGAGCAGGUUAAAAAGCUGCUGCAAUAUUCCUGGAGGCCGUGCAGCUGUAACACCUGCAUUUUGGAACAAGCCUCACCCUGGUUUGACGAAAGGUUCAACAUAACUAUGCAACCCUUCUUAACCACCCGGAAUGCCUUCAUACCCCAGGAGAACUACAAAUGGUGGCUGAAACUCCAGGGAGAAAGAAGUCCCAAGGGCAUUAAUGAGACCAUCCAGGAACUCUUCAGCUUCAUUCCAGGAGAUUGGGAUCACCUUUUGGAGAGGAGCAGUUCGCGGUGCCGGAGAUGUGCUGUUGUAGGGAAUUCAGGGAAUCUUCGGCAGUCGCAGUACGGCCAAGAGAUUGACACUCACGACUUUGUGUUCAGAAUGAACAAAGCUCCAACAGUGGGCUUCGAGCUGGACGUCGGCAGCAAAACCACUCAUCACUUUGUCUACCCAGAGAGCUAUCGAGAACUAGGGGAGAAGGUCAGCAUGAUUCUCAUCCCAUUCAAAAUCUUAGACUUGCGUUGGGUCAUCAGUGCCCUCACAAAUGGCACCAUCAAUCACACGUAUGUUCCUGUUCCUCGUAAAAUCAAAGUCAACAAAGACAAGAUCAUGGUUUAUCACCCCACUUUUAUGAAAUAUGUUUAUAACAACUGGCUGCAACAUCAUGGGAGGUACCCCUCAACAGGUUUCCUGUCAAUUAUAUUCGCCCUUCACCUCUGUGAUGAGGUGGAUCUGUAUGGCUUUGGGGCAGAUAGUAAAGGCAAUUGGCACCACUAUUGGGAGAAUAAUCCUUCUGCAGGAGCUUUCCGGCAGACCGGCGUCCAUGAUGGAGACUUUGAGUCAAACGUGACGCACACCCUCACCUCGGUGGCCAAAGUACGGUUCUUCAAGGGCAGAUGACCCUGGUUGAUGAACAAGCUGUGAUCUCCGGCAAGAAGGGUGGCAGAUUUUUAAAAAAUAAAUGGAGUCUUAGAGUGGGCAGUCGGUCAUCUCUCAGCUGAGAAAGCUUUGGAGAACUGCAAACUGCAAUUAGGAGGAAGUUUUGAAAGGCCCUUUGAAUAUGGCUCCAAAGUUUGAUAGCCUAGGAAACACCCUGUGUGGAAAAGGAAUUUCUGCUCAAGACUGUCCUAUCAUAACCAAUGUUUUAAUUCCUUUUCUCUCUUAAGAAUGACUGAAUCUUCAGCUCUACAAAAAGGGGAUAAAGGGGCAGGGAUUUCCAAACACCUUCUAGUUUCAAAUUACCUCAGAAGAGCUUAUUCCAGUCUCUGAAGGAUCCUUGCAAGGCCAACCCAUGCCAGUUCUUGUCCAGUAUGAUGAACAAGAUCUUCCUCUCUUGUGAGCAAAAUGAUUGCCAUGCCGUGUAGGUUCGUGUUUUGAAUAUUUAAAUGAAAUGUCCUGUUUCCAGGUAAUAUUACUAUUACUGUUCAGUGUGGCUGUAAGCCAGGAGGGAAGUAGCAGGGCUAAAUCGUUAUAAAAGAAGAAAAUGCAGGCAAGUUAAUACUUUUAUUUAUUAACUUGAAAAUGCUCUGCUACUGCUUGGUUCGCCAUUCUCUUGCAAAGCAGAGAAAUGAAUUAAAGUUGCACACACACACACCCUACAAGAUCUGGGCUCCACAAAUUUAGAAAACCCCUAGAUGGCAUCAAAAGUUAGUUUUAAAUUUCUGCUGCCAUCUAGGGAUAAUUGGGAGCUUUGCAGCCCAGAUCUGUUGGCUUAACACACACAGGUACACACAGAAACAUGUGCCUUUCUACAACACCCAUAUUGUAAAGGGAGCAUGCUUGUCUUUUCCACUCCCUCAGAGACUGCAACCUCAGAAUUCCACUUAUUCUAUGAAAAUAAGUGACAUAACGUUUAAAAACUGCUCAUCCUGUUUUGUAAUGUGGGCCUAUCUUUUUCUGGGCAGAAGAAGGAGAGGAAAAGAACCAUUUUUACCUUAUUUUCAACAACAUUUGGGGGGGGGGAAAUGGAAAGAUUUUUACUUCUAUUUUUUACAGUUGUAAACUUUUAUAUAUAUAUAUAUAUAUAUAUAUAUAUAUAUAUAUAUAUAUAUAUAUAUAUUUAAAGUAUUGAGAGUUAAAAAAAAGGGUUCUCCCAUCGGCGUGGGAACAGCAAGCAUGGAUCUGAGACAAUUCAGUACACCGGCAGAGUCUGUUCCAUUCCAAUCCCAGGAGGUUCAUUCCAAGAGAGAAAUAGCUGAGAGAACAUCCAUUAAACUCAGUGGGAGGCUUACUUCACAGUUGUCAUAUAUUGGAUUUCAACCAUCAAUGAAAAUCCAAAUAACGAGAAUUAAUCUACAGUCUACAGAGGCAAAGGUUAUAGAACAUCUGGAGGAGGACUUGAAUGCUCUAGAAUGUGGAACUCAACACAGAUAGAUGAAAACAACAGUGACUGUUCAGACUACAAACCACAGGAACAAAUUGUGGAGGCACUGAAGAGGUAGCAGCAUCAUGAAAAGAGAGAUGGAUGGAUUACUAUUACCUCAUUUAACUAGGCAUCCAACUGCCUUCCUCUGUUGCCUGUAGAACACAAAAAACUAUGUUGGAUCGGGAUGCUUCUUUGCAUGCCUUUUUCGUCAUGCUUCAAUCAGUCCUUCCUCACCAGGAGUCCUACAGAGGAGUUGGUGUGCAACACUGUUGGGUUCAGAAUUUUAGGUGUUGUAGUCCAACGCUUCUGGAAGGAGUACCAAAGUGAGGUCGGCUGGUCGAGGACACGGAACCACUUCUUUUUUUAAAAAAAAGAAAAAUAAAAUUGCUGUUGUAACAUAAGCUUCCCCUUCCUUGCAAGAGUUUCUUCAUUGGUCACUAGUCUACUUUCUGGUUUGGAGGUCGUAUGAUUACGUUGUCUUCUUCAAAAGAAAAGUGGCCAAUUUCAAAUAAACCAUAAUUUUUAAAGUAGACUGGCCUGAGUACCAUAAGUUAAAGUCUUCAUAUGUUUUGUAGCUCAGGUUUAAUUCAAGAUUUCUUUAAAUCAUGGUCAAGAACAUUAUAAUCCUGGGACUAUAUAGCUUCUGGAAUGGGCUGUCAACUUUUUGCUAGACACUGCGGCUCUUCUUUUAACGGGAAAAGGUGCUUCUCCUUAUCUCCAUGAAAACGUGUGCCUGUUGAAUUCUGCAGAUCAAACUUUGGUUAAGGGUGACAGCAGGCCAGGUGACUUUGUUUUGCUCAGUUGGCAUCCUUAAACUAUGAUUGUAUACCCCAAAUCCUAUCUUCAGGGGUUUGUUUGGGGUUUCUUUUAUGCUGUAUUUUAAACUACUGAACAGGAAUAAAGUCUAACUGAGUCAACUUCCAGAAAGGAAAUUGUAGCUCAGAAGGAGGGAGACAAAUACAAACAACUCGACUAAAUGUGCCAAUAGCUUAAGUGUAUGAGUGUUGAAGCAUGUUUCCAUUGUUUCCAGCUGUAGGAUUUGAGUUGUACCAAAGUUCAUAAAUCUAUUUUAUUUAUAAUCUGAGUUGGCAGGAAAAGAGCAAAAGUGGUGGGUAACGGUGAUGGGAGGCUGUAGGCAGAACAGAAGGAUAGGGAAUGGUUUAGAGCAAAAAAGUAUUGAUUGCAAAAUGCUGUGUUCCCAAACUGUAUGCAUGUUUUAAGCAGUCUCAGAGAGCUAGAGAAGAUCUUUAGACAUGAGGAUUCGAACCUUCAAAAAAGAAAAGCAAGACUUUUUAGCACGCUUGCCCUAGCCAACAGCAGAGACUGCACUAUUAAUUUAAUCUAGAUUAGCAGCCAAAGGGAUUUAUUUCUGCCAAGCAGAAAUCCAACCAGGAAAGUUUUGCCUAGCAUAAACAUGCAGGGAUAGAGAACAGCCUCCCCACUGGAGUUUAUUUGUUGUAGAAUGAGAUUUGGGUCAGAAAAAUCAAAAGACCCUAUCAAAAACAGGGAUGUCCUUCCCUUGCCAAAAGGUCCAGUUGCUUCAAAGCUUGGACUGUGCACAUGCACAAGUGUAGUAUCAAGUGGACUUUUGAAAAGUGAUUUAAACUGCAAAUCUGAAUUGGGUCAAGAAUUUGGACUGGAGCGUACUGCUUAAAUAAUUCACUUGUUGAGAUGGGUGGCUAUAUAAAUUGAUUGAUUGAUUGAUUGAUUGAUUGAAUGAAUGAAUUCCCUGCCCAUAUUAGACUCUUUGGAGAACUGUGCCAGUUAUCCUGGCUGAAAAAUUAUUAAAUUUAGUGUAUGGGAUCUAGAGACAAAAGAGAGCUUCUGUUGGGGAGAUGCUAGAACUGACAGCCCCACCAAAUGGCUUGCCUCUCCUGGCACACUCACUUGGGUGGUGUUUGCAGUUCAAGGUAUUUUGGGAAGUGUCUUGACAUGUUCUGUGUCUCCAAUCCUUGCCUGAAGCCACCAGAAUGGCUGGUGAGGACAAAGCUAUUGUGUGAAAAGAAAUGGAGCUUUAUUAAUCUGGCUUUCAGGGUUAGUGUGUUGUCCGAACCCAGCUGUUAUAUUUUACUUUGUAAGCUUUUGAGUUGCAAUUAAAAUAACAACAGUGCUGAGAUCAGGCCAGCUGCUGGAGAGAGGUGAACAGGAAACCGUUUGCAACUAGGGAUUUUUUUUUAAAAAAAUGUUCAUUCCCCUUCCAUGGUCCUGAUAAAAGGGGUUUUACAACCACCACCACCCUGUGCACACACACACAUGCAAACACACGCAACUGUAGCUGCUUUUUUGAUUGAACAGUAGAUAACUAUCAUAGGAUGGCAGUCUGGUUUUUGUAAGGACUGCUGCAGGUGGCUGUUAUUUAACUGAGUUUUAAAAAGGUUAAAAAUAGCCAGUGUUCUGGCUUUUUCAACACAGUGUGAAUGCAAAAGGCAAUGAGGCAAGUAUACUUGGGCCAAAGGAGGGGAUCUGCUUCAUACAAUACUAGGCAUCUCUAAAAAAAAAAGUGUCUCCAAAAUGCAGAGCGAGGUUAACAUCUAUCAUCCUCAUCAUCAUAAGAAACCAGGAGGAGUCUGGUAGCACAUUUUUUGACUAACCAAAAAUUUUAAAAAGGCAUAAGUUUUUGUGAGCUGCAUCUCACCAAAGCCUUUUAAUGAUAGUCAGAAAAGUUACUACCAGAUCCCUGAUUUUUUGCCACCAUGGACUAACACAGCUCUCAUUGUAGAGUAAAGCAAAGGUGCCUUACUUCUGUCAACUGCACAACAAGCAGAAAUUUCUAAGAGUGCAGAACAGCCUUGUUGGGUCCAAAGGCUAUCUUAACUCAGCCUCUUCUUCCCAUGGUUAUCCAACCAGUUGCCCUGAUGCGGUCCCCAGAGAAGGACAUUCAGGCAGAAAAGCAACAAUUCCUUGUUCACCUGCUUCCUAAAGCUAUGUCUGAUGCUCAGCUGUCCAGUCCUUCUGAAUACACUAUCCUAAUUAACUGCCACUGAGCAAUAAGAUUUCUUCUCUGUGCCUCUGAUGCUUUUCAAAGCCUGGUAUUGGAUCGGUACUCCAUGUUAUGCAAAGGGGAGGAAAAACCUUGCUGCGCUGCAUGGUUUCAUCUAUUGGAUCAAUCCGUUGAUUGUAAUCUGAUUUUACUGAUGGUUUUAUCAACCUCUGUUAUAUUUCCCCCAGUUAGCCUUUCUCCCCCUUCCCCUUAGAUUAAAAAUUCAACAGAUGAAGUGUCUACAAGAGCUGGAAACUUGAUGCCCUCCAGAUAUCUUGCCCUACAGGCAGGUCUUCAAAGCCUUGUGAAAGGCUAACCAGAUCGGGGCCAUCCGGAUGAGGCAUCAGGGGUUAUGUCACAUUGGCAGUGCCUGCUCUGAGCCUGCAAAAGUUUUUCCUUCUAAAGUUCAGCUCCUCCAGUGGCUAAAGUGCAUGAUAGCCUAGCUAUAAAAAAUGCAGAGGAUUUCUUUUUCUUUUUUCCAGAGAAAAGCUGCUUCCACUCCAGAGGCUGGAUUUUAAGUUGUUGUUUUAAACUUCGUUGAAAUGGUGGAGAAGUUAGCAAAGCACCUUUGAAUAGAGGGGUUGCUAAUGGUUUUGAUCCAGGUCUGCUCCCCUGCUUUUAGUUGCAAUCUUAGAUGUAAACCAGGUGAAUCUUUUUCCUGGUUUGAAAAUGUGGUGACCAAAUGCAUGGAAAGAUGCAUCAUUAUCGUCGUCAUCCUCACUAUUUGCUAACUUCCAGCCAUUUACAACAUAAAUGUGUAUUUUCCAGCUUAGAGAUCCAGGAGCAGUAUUUAUAUUUAAAAAAUGGCCACUCAAAAAAUGCAUUGCUGUCUUAGAACUGCUUGAAGCUCCAUCAGUCCAAGCCACAAAAGUCUGAGCUACCACUAGAUGGCAGCAAAGCCACAGAAAGUUCUAACGCUCUGCUGCCAUCAGUGGCCAUUGGUGGUUUGGCAGCCCUGAUCUAAUACCGUAUAUAUUUGCAUAUAAGCCCAUCUGCGGAUAUACCGACCCACAUUCUUCAUGAUAUUUUUGUUAAAAAUUCAAGGGCCUGCUUUCCACAGAUGGGCUUAUCUACAAAUAUAUACGUACAGGAUAUUCAGGUACUUUAAAAAAAUAUUUCUCUCUAUACUCAUGGAUAAGCCCAUCCAUGGAUAAGUUGAACACAAUAUUUGGGGUGCAUUUAGACACCUAAAAUUCUUGGCUUAUCCAUGAAUGUAUUUGGUACCAAAGGGAAGCUAGCAUGGCUUCACUCCCUGCUUACAUUUCUUUCUUAAUGAGCAAGUGGAAACAGCCAACAUUUUUGUUCCUUAGGUCAGUGUUUCUGAACCUUGGCAACUUUAAGCUGGGUGGACUUCAACUCCCAUGCUGGCUGAGGAAUUCUGGAAGUUGAAGUCCACCCAGCUUAAAGUUGCCAAGGUUCAGAAACACUGCCGUAGAGAAUACCUCUGGGAUCCAUGCAGGGCCCAUAAAGAUUGAAGAGAAGAUGCUGGAAGUAGACAUUUAACUUUGCAACUUGCCAGUUUCCUUUUUUUUUUUUUAAGUUAAAAAUAUAAUUGAGACAGGAGACCUCCCAGUUGCCAAUGGAGAUUCCAUUGGCAAACUGGCACCAUACGGGCAGCAGAUUCCCUAUUCCUCCUAAAGUUAAGAGCUGGGUUCACACAUCACACUAAGUCCUAAUGAAUUCACAAUGGGUCUCGGUUGGUUAUUUGUGUAUGUUGUGGGGGAAGGUGGCUUAGCAUUUAUGCCUCUUUGGUUAAAUUCUGGUCAAUGUAUUAUGGAAUUCCAGAAAACAAUUUGAUUCAGGAAUCAGUUUAAACAUACUGCGUGAAUGUAGCCAAUUGGUGCAUAUGUAACAAGCCAUGUGUGAGAGAUGAUGGGGAUAUGUGGAAAGGAGUGGAAGAGAGAUUAAGCAGCUAAAAGACCCAAGUCUUUUCAGGGUAUCUUAUAAAUGGCAACCCAGCCCAGGUGGCAAGAAACUUUGGAAGAAACAUUUCAAAUCAUUCAAAGAGGUUCGGUAGACAAGGGUGAGAAAUUCUUCUUACACUUUCUAGGAUUCUGAUCUAACCCAGACUAGCAUUAAAGAUCCCUUUCUAACAUCUGUGUAGUUCUAGGCCAGGUAUGUGGGGCUCAACAUCCUGGAAGCGGUAAGAGGAAUUUCCAACUGAUAUAUGGUGAGCUCUUUAAAGCAGAUAUCUACAAAGGUUAGAAUCAUGCAAGCCAUCGUAUUCCCUUUGACUGUUUAUGGAAGCUAAAGUUGGACUUUGAAGAAGCAGGAUAGAAAGAGUAUUGACGCCUUUGGACGUUGGUGUUGAAGAAGACUCCUGAAAAUACUGCGGACAGCCAAGAAAACAAACUGAGGGAUAAUAGAACAAAUCAACCCAAAGUUCUCCCUGGAGGCACAAAUGACCAGGAUCAAAUUAUCCUACUUCAGACAUGUGAAGACCCAGCUCUCUGGAGAAGGCUCUAAUACUGGGAAGGGUGGAAGGAAAGAGAAGAAGAGGACAACCAGCAGUGAGGGAGAUGGACUCAGUUACAAGGGCAAUGGGGGCAGGUUGGAAAACCUGAAGGACCAGAUUAGGGACAGAUUGUCAUGGAGAAUAUCUAAGGUCGCUUAGAGUCAACAGUGACUUGACAGCACAUAAUCUUUAAAGCAGAAUCAUUUGAAGCAUUUGAAAUUAUUCUUUCCAGAUUUCUCUUCACCUGGGCUAACCUA